CGCUUGCAAAAAGUUAAUUUAACAAUGAAAAAAUUCCUGGCCACAAAACCAUUCGUACUGUUGUUGUUGCUAUGCCUGCAACAACUUGUAAUUGUUGUUAGUGCAGAAAGACAAUACGAGCAUCAUCGUCGCCGACAGCGUCAGCCUUACACCGCCGAUCAAAUCGCUGAUUCCACAGAUGCAAAUGAUGAAUCAAACGAAUUGACUGCAUAUCAACAGCAGUCUCGCGGCUAUCGGGGUAGGGUUGUGAGCAGACGGCGCGGACAGUUUGUGGAUGAAAAUGAUACAAAUAAUCAAUACAAUAAUCGUGACUUGACAACGUCUGGUCGGCGAAAAGUACGUAAACAUGAACAGCGCAUGGAGAAACAGGCGAGAGGUCAAAUGCGACCCAGUGAAAUGCAAUACGAUGGCAACAAGUGCCACAUAUGGGUGCCUGUAGAGGUUGUGGAUAAAUACCCCUACGCGCUGCGUAUACAACUAGAUCAACGCAACCAACAGCAAAAGAUCGAGGUCUGUUGUCCCGGCUAUGCGCCGAUGCGGUGGCGUGGCAGCACAAUCUGUAAGCCCGUCUGUGACAAUUGUCGUAAUGGCCGCUGUGUGGCGCCCAACGAAUGUGAGUGUUUCGAUAGUUUCGUUGCCAAUGAUAAUGGCGAUUGUGUGUUCUCCUGCCCGUUGGGUUGUCUGAACGGACGUUGUUUCCUCGACGGCACUUGUCAGUGUGAUCCCGGCUUUAAAUUGGAUGAAACACGGAAAUUCUGUCGGCCCAUUUGUAGCAACGGUUGUGGUAUCAAUCCCAGACACAAUUGUACAGAGCCCGAAGUGUGUGGCUGUGCGAAGGGCUAUCAAUUAACCGAUGACGGUUGUAUACCCGUAUGUGAUCCGGAUUGUGGAGAGGGCGGUGAGUGUAGGGAACCGAACGAAUGCUAUUGUACACCCGGCUAUGAACUCAAGGAUGGCGUGUGUCAGCGCGAGUGUUAUCAGAAAUGUGACAACGGCAUUUGUUACAGCAACAAUCGGUGUAUCUGCAAUCCUGGUUACACAUAUCACGAACGCUCAACGCAAUGUGUGCCUAAUUAGCUUUGGAAGUGAAUAUUAUAAUAUUUAAUGCUCUCUUACUAAGUAGAUAUAUAUAUAUUUGUAGAUUUGAUAGCCAUAAGUUUAUUGUGAUAAUAUAUAUAAAUAGUUUCAAGAAGAAGAUUUGAAAUAAAUUUGUAUUUCAGCUUUGUAGAUUCCCUAUAGGAAAUACAGUGGAAAUUCGUGCACGUAAUGAAAUCUGCUGGCGGUGCAAGUUUUGAGGCCGAGUAAUUUUUUUUUGAUUAAAAAGGGGUUUUUAUAAAUAAAA